UCAUUAUCGAAGGCGAUCUGUUCCGUGUUGCAUUACUUUUCCCAAGUCUUCAUCGAGGGACCGACGGAUAGGCUACGUUACUGUUCAUUCAACUUACGACGCCCGACCACCUUUACCAUUUGCCUCGCUCAUUACGGCACUGCCACUGCAUCUUAUAUCUUAGAUCACGAACUCGACGAAGACUGUCAUCACGGCCCACGGAUUUCCUCGCUCGUCACGGUGACUUGAGAGAAAUGGAAGACUCUUCGGAUGCCAGUCAGGGAUCUCCUCCCCCAUUGCCCCAAUCGCAAUGGUCUCGCCGGUACAACAUCCCGACACAGGUGCCCUCCGUGGGACAAGGCCUGUGCUGGAUGGAUCCUCAGUAUCCGUCCCUCGACGUCGACACGCUCCAACCGACCAAUGCCCCCGGCCCGGGCGAGAAGUUCCCCUGCCCCGAACCCCAAGAUAUGGACUCCCUGUUCCUGUCGGAGCAGCUCCAAAGCCGCACAUACGCCCUCCGAACCUGGGAAGCCGCCGUCCUGACCUCCAUGAACCCUUACAUGGAGCCUACCGACGAGCACACCUUGGGACGAGACCUCGACCUGGAGCCGAAGAGGUCCUGUACGCUCAUCAACGAGUCGGAAUGGAUGAGCUUCUUCCACAAAGAGCGCUGGAAUCUUGAUUUUACGAACCCAGAGGUGGGCAUGCGAUGGUCGGUGGACGACCCUAAAAUCUGGCAUGCCAUGCGGCCGUCCAUCGACUUGGCGAAUCGCCUCCUCAAGGCGGCUUGCUACCACAAAUGGAUGGCAACACUCAUCAACCCCAACCACGUCGCCGCCCUAGGGGAUGUUGAGCUGCCGCUUCAAAACCCAGCAGGCCGUAAGGGAAACAUUUGGAAAAUGCUGGACGUGGAUCCCCGGUGUCUCCUGUCGCCCGCAGACACCCUGAAUAUGCUCAACGGAUUGCUCGGGACUGCGCGCUUUGGAUUCUUCGACCAACAUAACACCCAAGAUCCAACAGAUGUCGUGGAUGCCUACACUUUCCCGUCCCCGUACCCGGAGAACUUCAACGGUCCCGUCUUGACAGAACCGUCACGGAGUCAAAUCAUAGUCAACGUCGAACUGAUCCAGCCACUUCUCGAUAAUAGUCUUCCUGCUCAUACUCGGCGCACAACGCAAGUGGUAUUGGGCAUCACGCUCGCGCACGAGCUCAUGCAUGCGGUUUUCUUGGAGCAGCUGAGACGCCAUAUGAGGCUCCCAGUUCGGCCCUAUCCCACGCCCCGUUGGUACUAUGAAACUUAUGAUUACAAUGAGAAUGUUUAUGAAUUGGGCGAGUCCUUUGAGAAAUCCAUCUUCGGCCACCGCUUCAACGAGGCCGGACGACCGCAUUCCUCUUCCUGGGUUGGACCGCGUUAUCGCAGCCGGGUUUUGUUCCUGCUGGGAGCCUUGAACUGGCCAACCCGUUCUUGCUUCUACAAGUCGUACGGAAUACAUCGCCAUCAGCUGCCCCAAUCGGAACGCGCACCAGUACCGUCCAUUUAUCACUUUUGGCUCAUGUCCAUGCCGUUUUGGCACAACGUAGUGGACAAGUACGGCCUGGACGCUCUGCGCAUUCCCCGGAUGCUCCACUCCGAAUACGACGAGGGCUACUCCGUUGCUGGCUGGGACCAGGAUCCCGGGGUGGGCGCGUCGCCUUUGGCGCCGCCCCUCAAGCGGUUGGCGAGGCUGCUGCACCAGGCGCGACUGAAGUGGCAGGAAUGGCGCGAGCCGUGGUACAAGGACUCCUUGGCGAGGUGGCAGCUGACGCCCUACAGCGACGGACGCAAGCGGACCCAGCUCGACUUUAUCCUCACCACGCUCAUGACGGGGCGCACGCCGAUGGACGAGCGGUACAUGGUCACCAUAUGUACCGACUGGAUGGAGCCGUAUCACUGGCCGAGUAGCCGGCUAUUGGUGAACCGGCCCGAAGGCAGAGACGUGGAGGACUACAGGAGGACGGACUGGUUCUACCGGGCGCUCGCGAUGCUCAUCGCCGCCGCCAUCCCUACGCACCCGGAACCGCUCCGAGCCUACGUGACGCCGCACUACCCAGUCGGUGUGCCCUGGUCCAUGAGGACGGGUCCGCAUUUCUUUUCCCUGGAGGAACUGGGGGCUCGUCAAACAGCCGUGGUGGAGUGCAUGACCAUGCGCGGGCGUGCCGGGCAGCAAAUGGAGCUGCACUAUCCCGCAUACGGCCUCGAGCCAUACCUACCCAUGGGGCUCAAAGAAUACCGGACUCGCCUGGUCCAGAUUGCGAAGGUCUACUGGCGAAACUACGAGCUUCACAUGACUGUGGUGCCUCGCGGCCUGAAGACGGCCUUCUCCAACACCUGCGAGCAGCUUCUGCAGCAAAUCGAACGCCACGCGGCCCACGAUGCCGCGGACAAUUUGGCGACCGAUUCGUGGCUGGACUUCCCCUUCCGGCUCCCGCCGUAUGGCGAGCUAGGAACGACCAGGGUAUUCGGGUUCGACGAGGCAUACGAGCUGCGGGAAGCGGCCGACGAUGACACGUUCGGCCAGGUCGUUCUCGAGCCGGACAACGUCGGGGAGUUGCCCGCCUGGGCUUUCGCGGGAACGGCGAGCAGCCCGCAGGAGGAGGCACCGCUGAAUCUGUUUACUAUGCGCCAGUUUUCGGUUGCCGAGGUGUACGACUACGGGGAGUCGGUCGGGCGCCCCAUGGUCCUCGUCGACAGGGUCAGCUGGACCGCGGUGUACACUUGGCCGGAGGUCGCCCGUUGUCUCGGACUUGACGCCACGGAGCCCUGGGCUCUCACUACGUGGACCCAGGAGGGCCGGUUUCUGAGAGCGUCCGACGCAACGAUGUUUCUGGCCCUGGACGCCGCGUCUCGCCCGCAACCCGUCGGCCGACUGAUCCGGGUGGUGCGGGAGGAAGACCCGGCGUUGUGGACUAGGACGACCGAGUCGACGUUUGUCACGAUCCUCGGAUAUGUAUACAAUAUCACAGACAUCAAAUUUGGCGAGUCUACACACUCUGAAAGAGAGCUGGGCAGAAUCAUGCGGAAAAUCGCGGGCGGCAACCCCCAACAGGAUCUUUUGAGGGCUGGUGUCAAUAUUGAUGCGGUUGUCGACAUGCUUGAACAGUACAAGGUGGCGGUUAUACAGCAGAGGGUGACUCCAGUGCAGAGCGAUCAAGUGUUCACCAGGAAAGACGUCAAGUGGCACAGGCACAGAAAGGCGCACACUGGAUUUUAUAUCAUCAUACGGAACAACGUAUACGACAUCAAAGCAGCUUUCACCCCGGAGGGAUCGAUCAUCUACAAGAUUUCGGGGGCCGGGAUGCCACGAAGGCUUUUGAAAAAAUGCACCAGGACCCCGACGGUCUCUUGAAGCGCAUGGACUAUCUGCGGAUUGGGCGCAUAGUGGAGGAAUACCAC